AUGCAAUUCUUCUUGGCUUGUAUAUGUGCAGUGGCAGAAACAUUCAUGCUGGCAGUGAUGGCGUGUGAUCAGUAUGUGGUGGUGUGCAACCCUCUGCUCUUCACCGUUGUCAUGUCCCAGAAGCUCUGUGUAUCACUAGUGGCAGGGCCCUAUACAUGGGAUAUAAUCUCUUCCCUGACACUUACCUAUUUCCUCUUGUCAUUAUCCUUUUGUGGGUCUAACAUCAUCAAAAAUUUUGUCUGUGAGCACUCCGUCAUCGUCUCUGUCUCCUGCUCUGACGCCUCCAUCAGUCAAGUGCUUUGUUUUGUCAUUGCAAUAUUCAAUGAGGUGAGCAGCUUGGGAGUCAUCCUCACUACCUAUAUUUUCAUCUUUAUUGCUGUUAUAAAGAUGCCUUCUGCUGUUGGGCGCCAAAAAGCUUUCUCUACCUGUGCUUCCCACCUGACUGCCAUCACCAUUUUCCACGGAACUGUCCUGUUCCUUUAUUGUGAACCCAACUCUAAAAACUUUUGGCUCGUAGUCAAAGUAGGUUCUGUGCUGUAUACAGUCAUCAUCCCCAUGUUGAACCCUUUAAUCUAUAGCCUCAGGAACAAAGGCCUGAAAGAGAGUGUUAGAAACUUAAUGAAUCACUCAACACAAUUUUGUUAA